GCAAUAAUAAUAAUAAUAAUAAUAAUACAAUAAUAAUAAUAACAACAACAAUAAAAAGAGAGAAAGCAAAAAAGAAGUUAGCCAUAUAGUGUAGAGCCUUUUUUCUUUUUCACUCAUAUAAGAUUCUCAUUCUCUUUGUAUCUGACUCGAUGUUGUAUUUGCUUACUGCAGGCGACGGCUGUUUCUACAUCGGAAUGGGAGGUAAAAGCGCGAAACCCAAGAUUCCCUCCUAUGAGCCUUACCAGUGCUGUCCUGCGAAGGUUGCUCGCGGCACUAAACUCGCCAAGGCCACAAAAGUCAGCUCCGUUAUCAAGGAAAAGGAUAGACUUCAUGGUAACGUCAAAAGCAGGUUCGGUAAAAUGGAAACUUCGGCAUUGAAGCCUAUUAACAAGCUAACAGCUAAGGAGAGCAGAAAGAUGGCAACAACCAGUUCGACGAUCAAGAGUACUGCUUCAACUACCGAAGUCAAGCAAUCCCAGUCAAAAGCGAAAAGAGGAUUUUUUGGAACCGGUGCCUCGCGGAUCUUGCAUCGUGUCUGAAGAGAAUCUAACCAAGUCCAAGUGCUAGAUGAACAUCAUCUAUGGUCCAUGAAACACGCAUACACGUACUUUUCUGUGGACGACGAUGGCUGUUUCCUACGAGUUAUCAUCCGGGAUAUUUCAAACAAUACAUGUUACAUAUUAAACUCGCGAAAACAAUUAUUUAUUUUUUUGCUUUUUAUUUCGUUUAUCACGUAAGUCCUAUCAAAAUUCAUCAAUCAAUUAGAUCUUACAAUUAGUGGAUCUAAAAGGUAAUGAUAUACAAAAAAAAAAAAAAAGAAAAAAAAGGAAAGAAAAAGAGAGAGAGAGAGGAAGAUAGAGACAGAAAAAAAAUUAAUUCUGCCUCGCCGUGUCCACAAUGUUUGUCUGUACAUUCUGUAAAGUAAAAAAAAAAAAAAAGAGA